UGCGGUUGGUUGUGUCGAUAUGCCUGAGCCAGCGAAGUCCGCUCCUGCCCCUAAGAAGGGCUCCAAGAAGGCGGUUACUAAGGCGCAGAAGAAAGAUGGCAAGAAGCGCAAACGCAGUCGCAAAGAGAGCUACUCCGUGUACGUGUACAAGGUGUUAAAGCAGGUCCAUCCGGACACCGGCAUCUCCUCUAAAGCCAUGGGUAUUAUGAAUUCGUUCGUCAAUGACAUUUUUGAGCGCAUAGCGGGUGAGGCAUCUCGUCUGGCGCAUUAUAACAAGCGCUCCACCAUCACUUCCAGAGAGAUCCAAACUGCUGUGCGUCUGCUGCUUCCUGGAGAGUUGGCCAAACACGCUGUGUCAGAGGGCACCAAGGCUGUCACCAAGUACACGAGCUCUAAGUAAUAGUGAGUUUAGUCACUGUCAAAA